AUGCAUGUUGAUAAACCUGGAGAAUAUAAAGAAGCUGAUCAAAUGGUCGACGAAGGUAUAAGUAUUGAAAAACAACAGGAACAACUUUUGAUGAGUAAAUUGGCGUCUAACGGCAAAUUGCCAGCAAAACCUCAGACUACCUUUCUACAGAGAAAACUUCGACAUCAACGAAAAUUUUUCGAUUCCGGUGAUUACGCACUGAACAAAAUUAAUGCAAAAAAUCCAGCAAUAUUGAUGGAUGACCCACAAAAUAAAACUUGCUCUGUUGCAGCUUCUAUUUUUUUGCAGAACUCAAAUUCGACGCUUCGAAUCGAUGUUCCUAUCAGCGAAGAUGAAUCGUUAGAGAUUCCACGUCCAGACACGGUUCCACAGCGCAAAUCUUCGAUUAUUUAUCCUGCUGCACAUAGUAAAUUAAGUCCACUUCCGCAUUUGCAUCAUAGUGCAAGUAGUUAUGACGAUACUGUUCGUUCGGAAUUGUAA